AUGAUGUUUAGAUGCUUCAAUGACGACGAAAUGCAAAACUCGCUGGUGAGUCUCUUGGAGUACCGCGAGUCGCUCUCGUUUGGCCGUCUUCUAAACUCCUUCACAGCGAAAAGUAUCUCGUUUGCUCCGUCUGGUCCGGGCCCAGCCAGUUUUUUAUGUGCAACCCGCACAACUCCAAAUGCUCCUCUGCCAAUAACCUCCUGGCACUCUCCGUAUUUCUCCACAAACAAGCGAUUAUCUGCCUCUUCUGGCUUCAUAUUAACACUGAUGGCGGUUGUAGGCUGCUGGAUGGAGUUUUGGGGUCCUGAAAACUGCGUAAUAUCGCCUCUUUUCACCUGGUUCAGCAACCCAGACAACAGAGUUGGAGGUAAAUCUUUGUUGGAGGCUGCAUCCAUUCUGGCUUUGGCCUCGUUGUCAAGAGCAGCAAGAUUGGUCGAGGAAAGAAUGUUUGGGAUGGCUGAAACUGCUGAAUUUCUCAACUUUUUGGCUCCAAGCCAAUCCUUCACCAUCUGGCCCAACUUUUCCUGUCUUUUAGUGUUACGGAACUGA